AUGGACUCGAGCAAGCAGACAUCGACUGUGCCCUCGACGCAACAGUCUCCCACGACGAUUACCCUAGCGCCUCCGCCGCCCGUGACGGAGAAGGCCCCUUCGACCGAGCCCUUCCUAAAGGAUUUCACGCUGGUGGCCGAAGCAGCGAAGAGGGCCCAGAUGGCUGUGCUGAUGCGCGACCUAGAGAGCUCUACAUCGACUUCCUGUCCACCCCCCGGAGGCAAUCAUGAGGCAAAGGUCAGUUCGUUCAACAAUCUGGCAAGGUCGGAGAAGCUACCCAGCGGCUUGCCCAACCAUUGGGUUUUUGGUGUCUGUCAUGUCGACUUCGACCCACCCGGCGACCUUGUUAUGGCCGUCAACCCACAGAGUGAAUAUCUCAUUCAAGGCGGACCGGGUCAGAUUCUUUCAUUGCCAACGACACGCGAGAAAGCCGAAGCCACCAUCCCCUACCUUCUUGAUGCCUUUGCCAAGCCCUCGCCCAUCGACCCUUCGAUUCCAACCUUUGCACCUUGGACCUGGUCCACCCUCGAUCCCGACAUGGCACAGGCGAUUGAGGAUGGCCUCAAAAGGCACGGCGUGAAGCCCGAGCUUUGCAAAGUGGGCGUCUGCACCGCUGAAGAACGGGACAUCUUGGAGACGGUUCGAGCCAGUUUCUUUAAAAAGUUGACUAGGUGUCUAAGGGACGUUGAGCUCGACCCAGUUGAUCUCGGCGAUUCCACAAAGUGCCAUGGCUGCGGUAUGAGCCGCGAGUGCUUCUUCCAGCCGCUCAAGAAGUGUGCGCGAUGCGGCGAGGCCUGGUAUCACUCGCGGCACUGUCAGAAGAUGCAUUGGAAGCACCAUAAGCGUACGUGCUGCGCACCUGGCGCACCUGGUGCCACCCCUAGCCAGGCUACCCUCGAUGCUCAUGCCUACUACACUACGAAGGCGCCUACCGACCCGGAGGCUCGGGCUUUGAUGAGCUCGCUUCGCCUUGAGGGGCAUCCAAACCGUGGCGGAAUAGCACUGCCUCUACACCGCCUGAUUGUCACGGGCCAAGACACACCGGAGAAAAUGCGGCUACUAUUUGGCCCACAAUAUGAACGCACCCUCAAAGAGGAUCAUGAAAAUGCCCGUAUCGAAUGCCUACUCGACCCGCCCCCUGGUUCUCCUUGGCACGUUCUGAACGGCUCUCUGCAUGAUCCUUCCCUUGUUCGAUCUCUGCGGCCAGCAAACGAGGCUGAGAAGCAGAAAGUCGAGGAAGUCAGAGAGAUGCAAGCUUUGAUUCGACAGAGGGUGGGCGCUGGGAAAUCCCCUUCCUCAGCGGACAUGCAGGCCAUCCUGAAGACCUUUGGACCGAAUUGGCCUACAAAGUUGCCGACCUACACUCUGGCGGCGAAUACCAUGGACCAAGGCGUUCCGGCUGGUGGAUUCCGCUAG